AUGGCGUCGACAGCAAUCCUGAAGGACAUUGCAACCAGGUUGGAGACCCUGAACGUGCAGCUCCUUGACGCUGGAAAGGCAGUGCCAGAUGCUCUGCUGCGCCCAUCGCUCGAGCUUCUAGCUGAGCAGAAGGAGGCCAUCUACAAUCUGAUCGGCGUGGCUGCGCAGAGCGCCUUGUCCGGCAGCGAGCUGGAGACCGUGACAGGGAUGGAGGUGGAGAUUGCAGAGCUGGCGAAGCACCAGAGCCAAGAGCUGGAGAUCGAGGGUGGGCCCUGGCACAAUCCUCCGGCUCUGCGGAGGUUUCGAGAGAUGGGCCAGGCAGUGUCCAAGAAAGUGGGGCAGCUACAAGAGAUGCGGGCGAGACUGCAGGACAGAGCUUUGACGAAGCCUGCGCCGAGCAUGGCGACAGGCUUGACCAGUUCUGCACCAGGACAGAGUCGUGACAUGUCCGUGGAGCAGGCUUUAAACAUGCUGGUGCAGAAGAAGGAGCCCAUCUGGAAAGGCAGCCUCAUCGGCAUCGUGCACGCCGCAGGCGUGCAGGAGCUCACAGCCAUCACCGGGCACCUUCCGGGCAAGUUCGAGUUUGUCUACGCGCCCAAGGUGCAGGUAGCUGCGGUUGUGAGCAAGGCCAAGGAGCUCAUGUCGUCCAAAACCACCGACGUGGAGGUGGACGUGGACGACACCUUCGCAGCCAAGUUCCUGCGGCACUUCCACACGCCGCUGCAGCCCCUCUGCGCCUUUCUGGGAGGCAUUUGUGCUCAGGAGGUGGUGAAGGUGGCCGGGAAGUUCACCCCGAUCCCCGGGUGGCUGCACUUCAACGCCGUGGAGGCGCUGCCUGCGGAGGUCCCCACUGACGCGCAGCCGCUGAACAACCGGUACGAUGCGCUGGCGUCUGUCUACGGCCAUGCGUUCAUCAAGAAAUUGCAGAGUCUCAAGUAUUUCAUGGUUGGCUGCGGUGCUUUGGGUUGCGAGUUCUUGAAGAACUUUGCGCUCAACGGCGUUUGCUGCGGCCCGGACGGCUUGCUGACAGUCACGGACGCCGACCGAAUCGAGCUGUCGAAUCUCACCCGACAGUUCCUUUUCCGGGAGCACAACGUGGGACAGCCCAAGAGCAAGGCCGCGACUGCUAUGGCACAGGUCAUGAACCCCGGCAUGAAAGUCCGAGCUCUGGAAAUGUUUGUGGGGCCGAAGACUGAGGAUAGCUUCAACGAUGACUUCUGGCUGUCGUUGGAUGGUAUUUGCAACGCUUUGGACAACAUGGAGGCGCGCUUUUAUGUGGACGACCAGUGCAUCAAGUACGAGAAGCCUCUGCUGGAGAGCGGUACCAUGGGCCCUGCCGGCAACGUGGAUCCGGUGGUGCCGUUCAAGACGCAGACGUGCCGAGGGAAUACUCGUUUCGGCCGUUCAGAGGCGCGAAGCUACAACUUCACAGUGGGGGCCUUUCUGAUGGACGCGGCCCGCUGGCGGCCGCUCCAGGCGCUGGCGCGUGCUGUGGCGGACCCCACAGACGCCGCCUACGGGCGCUACCUCAGCCAGGCGCAGCUGGCGGAGGCCAUUGGCACCGCGCAGGCCGCGCAGGGGGCUUUGGAGCACCUGAGACGGAGCGUAGGCGGGGGCGCGCUGUCGUCCAAGGUGGUGGCGCACGGCGACGCGGUGGUGGCCACAGUGCAGGACUUCUUCGUCACCUACGAGCUGGGCGCGGCCAUGGACGCCCACUGGCCCCAGGCGGUGCAUCUGCUGGUGACGCCCCCGAUGCCGGAUGGCUUCUGCCACCAUUUGGCGCAGGACCAGUGUAGGAGGCCCUGCAAGUGGGAGAAAGAGUCCAAAGAGAAGCGGAAGGGCGAUGUCGCGGAUUCCAAGAACAGUUCCAAAGGAGACUCCGAGAAGCGUUCCGAUAGCGGCCGCGCGCGCUGCAAAGGGGACUUCGCCGGGUGGAUCUGCUGGCGGGAUUCCUCCGGCCUGGGUCUGCGCAGCGAGGCGCAGUGGCACUGCUCGCAGCCGAAUCGGCUGCUGGGCGUCAACAACACCGACCUGGGCCUGGCGCCGCCGAAGGAGCGCCGGCGCCGGGGAGUGCACACCCUGCAGGCGCUGGACCGGCUGGUGCGCGCGGAGAAGCACAACAAGACCAGGCGCCCGAAAAUGCGGGCGCUGUCCCGCAGCGGGGGGAUGGCCAUCUUCUGCAGCAACCAGACCUUCAACGAGUCCUGGCACAGCAUGGAGCUCACCUUUGAUCAGAACGGCCUGCUGCAGAACCGGCUGCUGAAGCGGCAGGACUUCCGCGCGGACUCGGGGCACUUCCUGGCGGAGGUGAACUCUUUGGAGAACCUCCGCCCCGUCAGCGACAUCUUCGCCUGCUUCAACAACGGCUCCAUCGCCCUGGCGCCUUUGGGCCAGCCGGGCUGCGAGUGCCAGCCGCCCCGGAGCAAAGAGGACGACGGUCCCAGGGACCGGCGGCUGGGGCGGCGGUGCCAAAAGGUGUGGAGCACCACGCCCAGCGAGGAAUCCUCCGACACGGUGCUGCCCAGGAAGAUCCAAUCCCUGGAAGCGCUGUAUCAGGACUUGGAGGUGCCUCCUGAGCGUGUUGCCGCCGAGCAAGCCACGCAAGCGGUGGCCCAGUUCAACCACGAGGCCUUUUUGCAGGAGGAUGUGACGCACCUGCACCGCGCCUACGGCUUGAGCGAGGCGUUUCCCCUGAUUCACGUGCACGGCCCCCGUGGCAAGGUGGACAACACGGAGACGGGCGGCGAGGGCUCCCUGGACCUGCAGACCAUCACGUCCCUGGCGGAGGCCAAGACGACCUGGUGGGCUGUGGACCCUUUGGCCAUGGACGGCUUCAUGUUGGCCUACGCCACUGACGUGAACGACCACCCGGAGCCCCCUUUGGUGCACAGCAUCAGCUGGGGGGACGCUGAGGCCUUGUAUCCUCCCAUGUUCAUCCAGCGCCUGGACUACGAACUCAUGAAGCUUGCGCUCAGGGGCCUGACGGUGCUGGUGGCCUCCGGGGACAACGGGAACUCUGCGGUGGGCGCGGACUGCGACUUCCUGCCGGACCUCGUCGGCACCUCGGAGUGGGUCACCUCCGUAGGCGCAACCAUGCCCUCCUUGGACUCCAAGCCCUACUGCCAGGCGGAGGCCUUCCAGUCCUUCGGCGCCUGCGAGGAGAAGGGCCAGGUGGUCUGCUCCUCCGCCCAGGGCGCUCUGAUCACCAGCAGCGGCUACUUCAGCAUCUACCGCCCCAGGCCCAAGUACCAACUGCACGCCCUGCAGUCCUACUUGAACGCCUCCAGGUGCAAGCCCUGCGCCAUCAACAACGCCAGCUACGUGUCCCCCGAGCGCCUGGCAGAGACCUUGGUCCCCUGCCAACACAUCAAAGGCAGCGGCUGCUCCCUGGCCACCCUGCUGCAGGAGAGCCGAGCUGCGCCGGAUGUGGCCCUGCCAGGGCAGAGUUACCCGGUCUUGGUGAACAAGAGCGCCGUGGCCUUCGACGGCACCUCCGCCUCCGCCCCCGCGCUGGCGGCGCUGGUGUCGCUGCUCAACGCGGAGCAGCUGCGACGCGGGCGGCCGGCCCUGGGGCUGCUGAACCCUUGGCUCUACCAGGUGCACCGGGACCACCCUGAAGCCUUUCUCGAUGUGGUGGUGGGUGACACGGCCUCCACCGAGACGCAGCUCUGCGACCUCGGCUUCCCGGCGAUCCCCGGCUGGGACCCAGCCACCGGCCUGGGGGUGCCGCGCUUCGCGGCGCUGCGGCGAUCUCUGCCGAAGCCGCAGGGGCCAAGUUCUCCCGACGCCACUUCGGAGGUCCCGGUGAAGCUGGGCUUGUCCGGCUCCCUCCAGUGUCGCCUGGGAAGGUUUAGCUUCAGCCCUGACAGCCGGCAGCUGGCCCUGGCCCUGCUGGGCCUGGUCCUAGGCACUGGAGCAUGCCUUGGAACCAUGAAUCGCCAGCAGCUGAAUAGUCGGCAGGUGCCUUUGCUGGCAGAGUACCGAGACGGUGGUCAGGCCGACGAGGGCGGCGGCAUCCCCAUGUGCACCUUGCGCAACUUCCCUCACCUGCCGGACCACUGCAUCGAGUGGGCACGGGACCAGUUCGAGCUCUUCUUCGUGAAGUCUGUGAAGCAGAUGAAGAAGUUUAAAGAGGACCCGGCCGCCUUCAUCUCGGAGGUGGGGACCAGCACCGACCUCACCCAAUCCAUCUUCGAGGUGAGAGGCCUGCUCUCCCUGCUGAAUGCGGCAGCACGGCCAAGUGUCCAAACCGCUGGGCAGACGGCCUUCGACUUUUUUCACCUGCUCUUCCGGGACAAGAUCCAGGAUUUGAUUGCAGCCUUUCCGGCGGAUUCGCGGAUCAUUGAUCCAGACACGAAGCAGGACAAAGGGCUGUUCUGGUCCGGUCACAAGAGGUUUCCUCAAGCCAUGGUGUUCAACGUGGAGACCGAAACACACUGGCGCUUCUUGGCAGCCGCUACGGCACUCUUCGCAGCCAUGCUGGGCGCAGUGCCACAGAAGAAGGAGGGCGAUGACACGUGGUGUCAGGAGUUCAAGAGCAAAGCGUGGGCGGCCGCGCUGGUCAAGGACCUGAGAGUGCCGGAGUAUGUGUCCGGCGGGGUGAACAUGGACGGUGACGCCGCCGCGGGGGCCUCUGCCGCCAAGAGCGACUCCAAGGCGGUGCUCCAGGGCCUGCUGCAGCAGCUGGAGGUCUUCAAGGGGCAAGCGUUGCCGGCUUUAGAGGAGGCAGACUUUGAGAAGGAUGACGACUUCAACUUUCACAUUGACUUCAUCACGCGGUGUGCAAACCUGCGUGCAGACAACUACCAUAUUGCUAAUUCAGACUUCCAGAAGGUGAAGCUGGUGGCGGGACGCAUCGUGCCGGCCAUUGCCACCACCACAGCAGCGGUCUGUGGAUUGGUGAUGCUGGAGCUUUUCAAGCUCCUGCUCAAGAAGGAUACCGAUAGCUUUCGGACUCGGCAGGUGGGCCUGGCCAUGAACACCUACACGUCCUUUGAAGCGCAGGAGCCCCGCUCCUUCGUCUCGGGGGUGGAGAAGAAAGUGCCGCGUGCCGAGGAGCUGCCGGCCGACGCCUUCGACGCUGCGGGGAAGAUCAAGGCAGAGUUCGUGGUCGAAGAGCCCUACGCCGCUUACCCCGAGAAGCACAGCGUUUGGGACAAGCUGAAAGUGCCCACAGGCAGCAUGACCUUGGAGGCCUUCAAGACGUGGUUGGCCAAGGAGCACCAGCUUCAGCUCCGCAACUGGAGCUUCGUGUUGGGCUGGAAGAGGGUGGUAGACGAGGAAAACAAGGAGAUGCGCGUGCCCGUCUCCUGCCAGAUCUACCCACCGCCAGUGUCCAUCAACUCCUCGCUUUUGCCGCCCCUGUCAGAUGCACAGGGGGACGCCAUGAAAAAGAUCAUGGCGUCGACCACCAUCCCGCAAGCGCAAAAGAUGAAGUAUCUGAGUGAAUGGCAGAAGGCCAAGCAGAGCGGCAAGUUGCCGGAGGCCUCCAGCCAGGAGAUCAGACCUGACAUGUCCUUGAAGGACAUCCUGGCAUUGAUGGAGGUCAAGGCCGAGAGGGCCCUCCAGGACGGCUCCAUCUUUCCCAAGUGGGGCAAAGCCAUCUCCGACCUCGGCGGCCGAAGGUUCUGGGUCAUCCCCUCCGACCAAACGCCGGACUGUGCCAACAGCCAGGGCUUGGAUGUGCGGUACAUGGCCCGCUUGGAGGUGCCCUUGGCCUAG